AUGGAUCUACUGGUCUCUUUGCGUUUCAGAAUGGAUAAAUCCUGGAUGAGUACUGAUAGAACGAAGAAACGUUAUAGAGAAGGAGUUGCGGCGUUUCUGCGGUAUGCUGUCAACCAUCUCAAGGAGGAGGGUGAGACAUAUGAUGAAUUUCUUAUGUUGUGUCCGUGUACAAAUUGUUUAAAUCUCUGUGCAUGCUCCGUUGGCGACGUAGAAGAUCAUUUAUUCGUAAAUGGAAUCGAUCAAACGUAUACUAUUUGGAAUAAGCAUGGGGAAAAGGAUGAGGCAAUAACUAGUAGUAAGCCAGUUAACGUCAACAAUGGUAUGCACGCUGAAUUUGAAAUGGGAACUCCCACUGAUGCUCCAGACGAAGAUUUUGGAAUGGGAACUCCCACUGAUGCUCCAUACACUAUAGAUAUGAUGCAGGCUGCAGAAGAGUUCGCAGAUGACCCUAUAAAGUUUAAAAAGUUACUUGAAAAUGCUGAAAAGCCCUUAUACGAAGGAUGUCCCAACUUCACAAAGUUGUCUGCAAUUGUGCAGUUGUUUAAGUUGAAGAGUAAGCACGGUGCAUCAGACAUGUUUUUUAAUGAAUUGUUACCCUUGUUAAAGGACAUGCUUCCCAAAGAAGGUAAUUUAAUGGCGAGGAGUACAUAUCAGGCAAAAAAAAUAUUGAAAUCAAUGGGUUCAGGGUACACAAAGAUACAUGCAUGUAUCAACAACUGCAUUCUUUAUUGGAAUGAGUACAAGGAUGAAAAAGUGUGUCCUACUUGUAAAGCACCCAGAUGGAAAGUUGACAGGGAUGGUAAAGUUUACGAGAAUGUUCCAGCAAAGGUAUUGUGGUACUUCGACAUCAUCCCAAGAUUUCAGCGGCUGUUUCAAUCGAAGCACACAACAAAAGAUUUGAUAUGGCACGAUACCACUAGAAACAAAGACGGUGUUUUACGUCAUCCGGCAGACUCACAUGCUUGGAGAGAGAUAGAUAACAAUUUCCCAGAAAUUAAAGGUGAUCCAAGAAAUCUGCGGUUAGCUGUUUCGGCUGAUGGAGUUGAUGUAAACACAGGCACCAAACAUCACAGUGGAAAGAGAACAUGGGAUGCAUAUGCCCAAGAAAUGUUUACUCUACGUGCAGUUGUUUUGUGGACGAUAAACGAUUAUCGUGCUCUUGGUACACUAUGUGGUUGUCGCUACGCUGGAUAUCAUGGUUGUGUGGUGUGUCGUAAAAAAGCGCACAGUAUUAGGCUUCAUGACUCAAACAAGAAUGUUUAUGUUGGUUAUAGAAGAUUUUUACCCUAUGAGCAUCCGUUCAGAAGGCAGAAGGGGGCAUUUGGCGGAAAACAAGAGUGGGAGACUGCUCCAGAACCAAUGACCGGGGAAGAAAUAUAUGAGGAGGUAAAAUGUAUAAAGAAUUCAUGGGGAAAGAAGGGGACGAAUACUCAAGGGGAAGACGUGCAGGCUACACCUGGAAAAGAAGUCGAUAGGUCAGGUGAGGAAGAGGAAGGCAGGGAAACCACUUACUGGAGCAAGUACAACAUAUGGCAGCGACUACUUAGAUAUUGGCGCUAUAAUGAUGUCCAACAUUGUAUUGAUUUCAUGCAUGUCGAAAAGAAUGUGGGACAAAGUCUUGUUGGAACGUUGCUGCACAACGGGAAUACAAAAGAUGGAUUAAACGCCAGAAAGGAUUUGGUGCGUUUGGGGUUAAAAUCGGAGUUACACCCUAAGACAGAUGACAAAGGAACGAUACUUCCCGCAGCAUGUUAUACAUUAACUACGGAAGAAAAAGACAUAUUCUUGGAGACACUAUUCGAGUUAAGAGUUCCAGAAGGGUAUUGUUCGGAUUUUUCCACCCUUGUGAACCUAAAAGAGCGUAAGCUGAUCGGACUCAAAUCACAUGAUUACCAUAUGCUUAUGCAACAAUUUUUGCCCGUCGCUAUUCGAUCAAUUAUGCCUACACCUGUGAGAUAUGCUAUUAUCAGGUUUUGUUUCUUUUUCAGAUCAAUAUCUGCCAAAGAAAUCAUGGUGGAAGAGCUAGAUAAAUUGCAAGAGGAUCUCUGUGUGACGUUAUGCUUACUAGAGAAGUAUUUUCUUUCAUCCUUCUUUGACAUCAUGAUUCAUGUAACUGUACAUCUUACCAGGGAAGUGAAGUUAUGCGGUCCGGUUUGCUUUCGAUGGAUGUAUCCUUUCGAAAGGUGUAUGAAGGUUAUAAAGGGGCAUGUGCGAAACAAGAAUCAACCUUGUGGAUGCAUUGCCGAAGAGAAUGUUGCAGAAGAGACGAUUGAGAUAUAUUGUGAGUACCAUAAAAGCAUCAGGACAAUUGGUAUUCCACUAGAUAGGCAUAAUACAUCUCAGGAGGGAGAACCGUUAUCAGCUGAAGAGCCGUGUAUAGUUACCCCUGAACAGUUGAGACAAGCACAUUUCUAUGUAAUGCAGAACACGCCUGAAAUUGAGCCUUACAUAGACCGACACAAGCUAUAUUUGGAAACUAACUAUUCUACUAAAAAGCGAGCAUGGCUAGAGAAAGAGCACUCUAACACUUUUGGCGCUUGGUUAAAAAAUGAGGUUGAAAAAGAGUUGGCAGACGACAGAGAAAGUAUCUCAGAGAACUUAAGAUGGAUAUCACACGGCCCGCACUACGAGGUAACGAAAUACACUGUAUAUCGCAUCAAUGGAUAUCUAUUCCGCACAAGAUCCCGUGAUGGUAGAAUUCACCAGAAUAGUGGGGUUAGCGUUGCAGCAAAUGACAUGCACAUAUCUAGAGAUGAUGAUGUUACAUAUGGUAAAGCCUCUUAUUAUGGUGUCUUGCAAGAGAUAUGGGAGUUAGAUUACUGUGAAAGAAAAGUUCAUCUGUUCAAGUGCAAUUGGGUUGAUAAUAAACGUGGGGUCAAAAGAGAUGCUCUUGGCUACAAGAUUGUUGACCUUACUAUGUUGGGAUACAAAAAUGAUCCUUUUAUUUUAGCCUCACAAGCUAAGCAUGUAUUUUAUGUCAAAGACCAGUUAGAUAAGAAAAAGUCUAUUGUUUUUGUGACACCUCCCAAAAAUUAUAGAGAUGACGAUGGCAACGAUGAGGAAUUCAGUACAGUAAUCUUUUCUGCGAAUGAUAAUAUCUUGCCGUCUGUAGAUCUACAAGACUUGGGUAAAGAAUCCCGAAAUGAUUACUUCCGAACUGACUUCCGAGGUUUACUUAUACGCAAGCCAAAAUGA